AUGCACUCUUCCAUAGCCGAGUACGUUCCCGCAGCCAUUCUCUUCUCGCCUGAAGACUUACAGCACUUCACUAAGUGGCAGAAAGAGCACGGAGUAGGCUCGCUGCCGGGUAUUGUUCGAAAUGCCACAGAGUACUGCGAGUUUCUUGCAUAUCGACGCACUGACGAAGACAACAAAAAGCUCAAGCGCGGCAACACACGGACGCGGAAUAGAAACCCUGCGACCAUGUGCGGGCAUGGGUUGCAUCCUUCGGACAUCAUCACCGGCGAAUAUUGCCCAGUCUGCGAAGUGGAAAUGUGUCUCGAAUUCCUUGAUGCGCUUGCACAGGUAUUCCAGAGAUGCGGUGGCCCUUGGCAGCAAGCGCGCGUUCGCAAUGACUCCUCGAAAGCGAUACGUAAUGCCCAGAUGCGAACGAAAUACCCAGCUGUGCUGACGGACGCCAUUCCCAGGCUUGCAGUAAAGCGAAAGCUGUCGUCGUUCGAUGUUGCGAGAGCGAAAGUCGCUAAGGCUCGAGUGAAGAAACACGUCACUUUCACACCUGACAUCAUUACCUGGCCCACCCGCAGCAACGCCUGGUUUUGUCGCAACCUGGCGCAGCGCCACAGUUACCAACCUGGUAGACAUGCUGCUCCACUUGGCUUAGAGUGGAUUGACACAUCGCGAAUGUCCUCUUCUAUAGCAGAUCUCCUGAACCUGAAGGUAUACACAACCUGUAUUCAGGCUGAAUAUGAUGCCUUGGUGGACGACUCGUCUCUCAGACCACCUAGUCGCUAUCAGGGUAUACUAGGCCUUCACCCCGGUAUAGGACCAAUCUCCGCGUUUGCCAACCAGUUCUUACAAGGGGCGGAAACGGCGAGGGAAGAGAUGCUCGAGAUGAUCAGCGUGGCCGAUGCACUCAUAGUGCUCAUUGGCGAAGACGAUGUGGUGUUGGACUUGCAUCUUUCUGCUUCGGACGAUGUGGAGGAUGAAGACGGAUAUGGCGACGACGAGGUGGAUCAGACAAGGUGGACUUGCUGGUCUGAGUGUGACGAUGAGGCAAAGCCUGACGUUGGUGGAGCAGCUGGUCUAGCUGCCAAAUUCGCUGUUGACGACGAGAAGGCGCCAGAGUGUCGGAAGAUAGAUGGGUAG